UGCGGAGGAGCAAAGAAGCAACUGAAGACGGUGACCUACAGAGCUAGAGCCAUGCCGCGCCGGGGCCUAGUGGCCGGACCAGACUUUGAAUUUUUCCAGCGUCGCUAUUUCACGCCGGCGGAGGUGGCCCAACACAACCGGCCCGAGGACCUUUGGGUGUCUUACCUGGGCUACGUGUAUGAUCUAACGCCGUUGGCACAGGAGCACAAGGGGGACUUGCUGCUGAAACCCAUCGUGGAAGUUGCAGGUCAGGACAUCAGCCACUGGUUUGACCCAAAGACCAAAGACAUCCGCAAGCACAUAGAUCCUCUGACCGGCGCUCUGAGGUACAGCACCCCGCGGGGCCGCUUCUUGCACGUUCCUCCUCAGCUACCCCGUUCGGACUGGGCCAAUGAUUUCGGGAAGCCCUGGUGGCAGGGGUCGCGUUAUGAGGUAGGGCGACUGUCCGCGAAGACCCGGCACAUCCGCAUCAUUAACACGCUCACUUCACAGGAGCACACAUUGGAGGUGGGAGCCCUGGAAUCAAUGUGGGAAAUCCUACACCGCUAUCUCCCCUAUAACGCACAUGCUGCCAGCUACACAUGGAAAUAUGAAGGGAAGAACCUGAAAAUGGACAGUACCCUGGAGGAGAAUGGAAUCUGGGAUGAAGAUGAAGAAUUUGACUGGCUCAACAUGGACAGUACACUCUACACACCUGCGUUACUGCUCUACUUCAACGAUGACCUCACUGAGCUAUAAGGAAGGAUUUGUAUGCUUACAUACACUUAAGACAUACUUUGAGUUUGGCUGUUUCUGUGCCCUGAAGGAAAAGAGGUGGGGUGGGGAGUGCCUGGACCUAGACAUCCACUCCUGUCUGGGAACUGGCCUGUCCAGUUCAAAAAAGGUCCUCUUCCCCAGCUCUAUUACAAUGUGCUCCAAGAAAAUUGGGGAGAAUAGUAGAAAUGAACUAAUUUUUAAUGAUACAAGGAAAUGAGAAUAUCUUGGAUUAGGAAGACAUAGAAGGGGAUGUCAGACAGAGCUCAGGCAGAACUUUUUGAUAGUAACCGAAGUUCUACACAGGGAUGGUGUAUAGACAAUUUUUUGGUGAUGAUGGAAAUAAUGGGUUGGAUGCAGGAAGAUGGAAUUUACAAAGACAGGAAUAGAAAAUGUCUAUAACUGACCAUACAGAACUGGCUUAUCGCUCUUCGAGAAUAGUAUUUGGCACUUGAAACCCCAGGGGAAGAAAGGAAGUGAAUGGUUAGCAGGUAAUUCAAGCUGGAUGUUAUGCUAGGUGCUUUAUACAUCCUCCUUAAUACAACUACCCAAUAAGGUGGAUACCACUACCACUAUUUUACAGAUGUCUUCUGAGGCUUAGAAAUAUUUAAUAACACAAAGGCACACUAGUUAGUAACCAUCAGAGCCAAGUCUGUCCAAGUCCAAAGCGCUUGUUCUUCUCAAGGUAAAGGCAGUGUUUCAAAGUCUAAUUCAUGUUAACAUUUGUUAAUGAUUGCUCUCAGAUCAAGUGUUUGGGAUGUGGGUUUGUCUUAGGCCAGUUGCACAAUGGGGCACUGUUAUGUAGUCAGCCGCUCUUCUUUCUGCAGUUAUAGGCUUUGGAAGGGAGUUAGCCGAGUUCUCCAGUGGCAGAGAGGAGUCAGGGAAGGGUGUCAGCUAAGCAAUAGCUAGUGAGGCUAAUUCCCAGUUAAUCCUAUAGCAAAACUUUCCUUCUGACUUUUUGAGGCAAAACAAUGGGUAUUUACUCCAGGAAAAAAGAGUGGGGAAAGGGCCUGGGGAUUGGGACAUGUUGGAGGGGAGAACAAAAUGGGGCAAAUAGUACAGUAUGUUCAGGAUGAGCCUGUGCUCCUUAGGGAGGGCGAGGAAGACAGGGUUGAGUUGGCAGGAUGGUGACUCUGAAAGAGGGGGCUUGAGAGGCAGGGGUUAUGUAAAGAGAGAAGCCAAGUAUCAGAAAACUUUCCUGGUGACCAAGGGAAAAACCAUGGGGGGCAGUGGCCAGAUUUGGUAGCCUUAAGCUAAGCUUGGGAGUUUUCUGAGGGGCUGUGAGAGGUAUGAACAAAGAUGGAGAUACCCUUGUUGGCUUCAGCAGGAUCUGAUCUCACUGUGAGACUAAGGGCUUCCCUUCAAUCCCAUGAAAUGUAGAGUCCAUGAAUUAUCUGAACCAAUCAUUCUGAUGAUUAA